AUGGUCCAUCAGAAGGAAGACCAAAAUAGUGGACAAGUGAGCACCAAUCCUUCUGUCACUCCUGCCGAAACCGAUAAGCAAGCACCCUCAGACAAUCCCGGCAAGAAUAAGGAGUCAAGCUCCUCAUCUUCUGCUUCAUCAGAAGACAUAGAAGACGAUGAAUUCUUUCAGAUAGAGGGUCCAAUACUAGGCAGCACACUAUCGUUUGGUCAAAACCCAGUGAUCACAGAUAUCAGGCAACAGAGCAGUUCAUCUUCAAAACAUGGAAGCCAUGCCCCCACUGACCCAAAGCAGUCACCGUCGGUGCAGGCCAUGUCUAGGGCGCCAGAUGAGCGUCCAGACCCUAAAAGAAUCCCAUCGUCCAUCUUUGCAAGGUCAAAAUCGACGUCGCCAGCGGACUGGAGCGUGACAUCGAAUGAAUCUCUGUUCAGCAUCAAUGCUGGGAACGCGAGCUUUUCAAAGGACCAUUUCUUCCUGUAUGGCAAGUCAGGUGAGCUGAGCAACCCCAAUGACCCAUUGGCACCACUGCCGCCAUUGCCAAGGCCGAGCACCAGCUCUAGCCCCAUGAGAAGUGAGACGGCGAAGAUGACCGUACAGGCCAGUGCUAAACUGAAGCCUGCUGCCAGGGAAGGGGACCAAGAUGGUGGGGAUGGCAACACUGAUUAUAUCCAUAGCCUGUCGCACCGUUCCGAUGCUAGCGCAACAAGCUUCGCAUUCCCAAUAUUGGCUAGUGACGGGAGAAAUAGUGGAUCCGUGAAAGAUGACCCUCCUGAGCUUGCGCGCCAAAGCACAUCACAUUCGCAGUCGUUGUCCGUGUCCCAACAGGCAGAGCCUCUGGCUGAGCAGGAAGCUCCGAAAGUUCAAGCCGAGACACGGGAAGCAGAUCAACAAGCCCCGGAACCAGCCCCGGAACCUGAACCAGCACCGGCACCGGCACCGGCACCGGCACCAGCACCGGCGUCGGCGGCAGAACCAGCACCGCAACCACCAGCCCCGGCAAAAUGGUUUCCUUGCUGCUCUUGCUGUCCAUUCUGUUGCUGA